AUUUGGCCGAUGUACUUGCUGCAGGACAGUUGGAGAAGGAAACUGAAAACAGAAUAGAUGUGUCUUUACAAGCACGCCAUAUAUAUUUGGCCGAUGUACUUGCUGCAGGACAGUUGGAGAAGGAAACUGAAAACAGAAUAGAUAGACUUUAGGAGGCUUUGCCAACUGCAUGCGGUAGGAAACCAUGGCUGAAAGCAAUGAGCUUGUUUCAAGUGACAACACGAUCACUCCAGAGAUCAUCCAGGAGCUUCUUCCGGCUGCGGAGCGAACUGCUCUUCUCUAUCACCUCUCUUACCUGAGACUGGGUACUCUCCCAAACCUGGAGCGUCUGAUCAAACAGCAAGCUCUUGAUACACAAAUGCUGUUUGAAUCCUCUGGAGCUGUUCUGCUAAAGUGUGUCGGCACAAGUCACAACAUGGUCUCGUCCCUGUUCCCAAUGCUGAAGAAGGCUGUUGAAAUUAAGAAACCUGAAGUGGCUAAGAAUUACCUGGAGAAAGCCAAAACAUGGAUUGAUGACAUCAUCAGAGCUGUGGAUGAGACUGUGCAGAGGUUUGAAAAACAACAAAAAAGUGUGGCGAUGUCUACCAGUGAUUUAUUUCAAGAAGAGAAAAAGAUUGAAGGAAAAUUAAUUCAAAGUGAAGAGAAGAUGGAGAUGUUACAGAGGGAUGUGGACAGUGUUCAAAAGAAACAGGAACAAACUGCCAACGAUCUUAAGGAAAUUGAGCAAAAAAUUGCAAUAAAAGAGCGAGAGAUGCAGAAACACGUUGUGAAGGUUUCUCUAAAAAGAUCUGGUGUGGGUUUCCUGGCCUCCUUGGUUCCAUGUGUUCGUGCUGUUGUUAAAUCCAUUUAUGAUGUUGCAUCUACCCCUGGAAAUACUCGUAAAUCCCAUGAACUCAAUACCGAACUAUCUCGUCUCAGAUCUGAAAAGAGCUUACUGGCCAAAAGAGAUUACAAUUUGCAAGACAAACUGACGGAUCUUAAGCUGAAGUUGACCAGCUGUAAAAUGCAGAUGGGUGAAUAUGUCGACAUGAAGGAUGUCCAGGACAAUUUUUCUCAGAUCCGUAAAAUUCUGGUUCAGCUUAAAGACUUUUGGGUGAAAAUGGGAGUUCAGUUGCAGUAUCUUAAAGACAAGACCUUUGUUGAUGAGUCCUUUGUUGAUGAGUUUUAUGAUGAUGACAUGAAGGAUGAGUUUCUGCAUUCUAUUGAAAUAGCUGGAGAGUACUGGAAGGAAUUUGGUGAAGGCUGUAAGAAAGCAGAGUGCAUCUUCAGCGUUCAAUCUAAGAAUGCAUAUUUAUUCCUGGAGACUAAUCCUUCAGCACUAUCAGAAGAUGAAUGGGAUGAGCAGUAUCACUUAGUAAUUGAGAAGCUUAAGGAGUUGAGCAAUCAGGCUUCGUCCACAGCCGCCAUCCCUGCACUUCCACAGGAGCAGCCACCUGAAUUUAAUUGUUGGGUUGUUCCACCCCAGGAACCCCUACAAAUUUACCAACCUCCAGCAACCUAUCAAACCCAAAUGUUUUACCAACCCCAAGUGAUUUACCCAUCCCAAGUGACUUACCCGCCCCAAGUGACUUACCAACACCAGGUGACUUAUCAACCUCAAGUGACUUACCCGCCCCAAGUGACUUACCAACCCCAAGUGACUUACCAAUCCCAAGUGAUGUACCCACCCCAAGUGACUUACCAAUCCCAAGUGAUUUACCAACCAUAAGUGACUAACCAAUCCCUGGUGAUUUAGCAACCCCAAGUGAUUUACCAACCCCAAGUGACUUAACAACCCAAACUGACUUACCAACCCAAAGUGACUUACCAAUCCCUGGUAAUUUACCAACCAUAACUGAUUAACCAAUCCCUGGUGAUUUAGCAACCCCAAGUGACUUACCAACCCAAAGUGAUUUACCAAUCCCUGGUGAUUUACCAACCAAGUGAUUUACCAACCCAUAGUGACUUACCAACCCCAAAGUGGCUUACCAACCCAAAGUGACUUACCAACCCAAAUUUUUUACCAACCAAAAAGGGACUUACUAACCCCAAAGUGACUCACCAACUCAACGUGACUUACCAACUCCAAGUGACUUACCAACCCAAAGUGAUUUACCAAUCCCUGUUGAUUUACCAGCCAAGUGAUUUACCAACCCAAAGUGACUUACCAACCGCAAAGUGACUUACCAACCCUAAAAUUAUUUACCAACCCAAUGUGACUUACCAACCCCAAAGUGACUUACCAACCCAAAGUGACUUACCAACCCCAAAAUUUUUUUACCAACCCAAGGUGACUGAUCAACCCCAAAGUGACUUACCAACACAACGUGACUUUCCAAUCCCAAGUGACUUACCAACUCCAAGUGACUUACCAACCCAAAGUGAUUUACCAAUCCCUGGUGAUUUACCAACCAAGUGAUUUACCAACCCAAAGUGACUUACCAAACCCAAAAUUAUUUACCAACCCAAAGUGAUUUACCAACCCAAAGUGACUUACCAGCCCAACGUGACUUACCAAUCGCAAGUGACUUACCAACUCAACGUGACUUGCCAACUCCAAGUGAUUUACCAACCCAACGUGAUUUACCAGUCCAAAGUUAUUUCCCAACCAAAAGUGAUUUACCAACCCCAAGUGAUAUACAAACCCUAAUGUGAUUUACCAAUAUCAUAGGGACCUCUACUAAUUUACCCCCCCCCCCCAACUUUAAUCAAAAUUUCAGAACUGAAUCUCUUAGUGACAUGACAAGCAUCAGACAUCUCUCUGGUCACAUAUGCUAGAAUUCUACAAAUAUUUAGUCAACUCAAACCCUGCCCCUUACUAAUGUAACUCUGCAAGUUUGCAUUCAGAUCUGUCCCAAUCAGUGAAGAAAAUAUCUGUUGCUGCUUCCUUUUCUUCACAACUUCAACACUUUUGAACUCGUAAUGGGGCAUGAGAUACAUACAACUUCCCUUUGUCACUUUUUGUAAAUGUUCAUAAUCUCUACAACCAGUCUUGUACAAAUUAAAUUAAUAUUCUAAUAUUAAUAUUAAAAAAACAUUAACCAUUACUUUUACCUUAAUAAAUUCCUUAUUUACUGCUUAUUAAUAGUGCGUAAGGUAUUUAAGUUUAUGUAUUGGGUAGGGUAAGAGAUGUAAAAUAUGGUCAUGCAGAAUACAGUAUGUGCUUAUUAGUACUAAUAAACAGCCAAAUUUUAAUAAUAUAAAUGCUAAUAAGCAACUACUAACAGCGAGAAUUGGUACCAAUAUUACAAGUGGUUACCAUUGCUUUACUUUUCAUUAUGGUAUAUCUUGUAAUGUGAUUUUGUGACUAAUUUCACUCAAUAAAGACAAACAUAAUAC